AUGUUUCAACGUUUUUUUGUUAUGCUUCUCUAUAUAUUCAAUGCCCAAGAAGUUCCACGAUGCCGACUUAAUUCCCGAAUUCAUUUUGGAGAACCGCUACCAGUCAUUAUCAGAGAUGGUAGACUUCUUGAACCCACAGAUAGAAACGGUAAUGUAGAUUUAGUGAAAGGUGAAACUUUAACACUCAGUUGUGAAGGAUCAGGACAUCUAACUCAUCCAAGUAUGAACCACGAAGAAGUAACAGCUACUAUUAUUUGCAAUGAAGGAGAAUAUUUUAUAAAUGAAGAGUGGUUGGCUGCUCCGGCAAGUUUCCGAAUGUUCAAGUGUUCCUACCCGCCUAUGUAUAGCAGUGUACAAACAUACCGCACCUGCUUUGAAAACAAUUCUAUCUACGAGGUAGGGUAUCAUAUUCAAGGGGAAUGGUACCCAGUAUAUGAAUCAUGCUUUGAUGCCAAUCGUCUAAAUGCAGUUUAUUCAAAAUAUACUCAGAAACCUUACAAUUCACAUUUCCAAACGAGAGUGGAACGACCGUUCUUUAUUGCAAAUGACGUUUACGGAUUUGUACCAGUUGGAUCGUUGUUUUCUCCUAAUGGCCAAAAAAAUGCCAUCGCUAGACUUGUAGGCCCAUUGGUAGACAAUUAUUUUACAAGCCAACAGUUUCUUUCAAGAGGACAUCUUGCUGCUAAAACUGACUUUGUCUUUGCUUUUGGUGAACGUGCCACGUUUCAUUAUGUAAACUGCGCUCCUCAAUGGUCUGGAUUCAAUGGCGAAAAUUGGAAUACGUUAGAGGUGGAUCUCAGAAAUCACAUCAACUAUGCUAAUUAUGAUACAGUUAUAUAUACCGGUACUUACGGUGUGUCUCAUUUGUUGAACAAGUAUAAACAAAGAGUGCAAUUAUAUCUUUACAACGAUAUGAAUAACAAUCCAGUCAUACCAGUCCCUGAGUACUAUUACAAGGUCGUAUAUGAGCCCAGCACUAAACGAGGAAUCGCUUUUGUGGGUAUCAAUAAUCCAUAUUACACAUUGAACGAGGCUAAGGAGAUGUUUUUCUGUGAAGACCUUUGUAGAGGAAGCAAAAAUUUCAGCUGGUUGGGAUGGCACCCGGAUAAUCCGAGCGAAGGGUUUACCUUUUGCUGCAGUGUACCAGAUUUUCGAGCAACAGUUCGACAUCUUCCUUUUUUUGAAAUUUCUGAGUUAUUGGUGUAA